UACACCUGCUGCUGGUCCGACUCAGUUGCAAUGUCGACCUUGGGAGCGGUGCAGAAGGCGCUGAUUGAGAGUAAGAAGGCAGAAGCAAAGAAGAAACGGGAUGCUAGGUUAAAGCUAAUGGCUGAAAGGAAAUCUGCAGAGGGAAACAAUAGGAAUGGUAGUAUUCUGCGCACGAGACAUUUGAUGGACGCAAGGGAGGAGAUAGAUUAUAUCGGUCCCAGUGGCAACAUGCCAAUCGACUUGAAGGGCGGAAAAACAAGCAUAGGUUCAGAUAGGAAUGCAAAUGGAGGCAAUCACGAUAGAAGGGAAAUCGAUGUAGUUUCUGGCAGGAAGCCGGUUAUGGGUGUUACUGAUGGUGGCGGGGUUGUGCAUGCAAGUAUAAACGGUAAUGAUACGAAUACAAAUAAUAUUACCAAUAUUAGUAAUAAUAACAAUAAUGUUAAUAAUGAUAAUAAUAAGCAUAAUAAUAGUAGUAGUAAAAAUAGUAACAAUAAGCGGGGAUGGAACGAUGACCUGGAUGGACUGAUGGACGACGCAGACUUCUGGGACUUAGCAGCAAUGAACGAGAACGACGCCGAGCGGGAGAAGGAGAAGGCUAAGCGGUUGAAAGCACAACAGGUCAGUUAUACUAAUAGUACUAGUAGUAACCAUGGUGAUGGUGAGAAGAAAGGGGCGAAUGCCAAGGCCCCGAGAUCCCGGAUAGACACCAAUGCGGGUUUUCUGAUGCCCAACGAGCGGGAGAUAGCCGAGACGGACGCGAAGCUACAACCCAGGAGGAGGAAGGACCGAGAUACGCUAGACCAAUACGAUGACGUGCGGAAGACAUGCAAGGACUGUGGGAAGGUUUUCUACACCUCAUACUUGGAGAAGAAUUUCGGAAUCAACGUGUGCGACCAGUGCAAACGCAUCGACAAGGCCAAAGACGAUGUAUAUGGACUUGUUACCAAGACAACGGCGAAGAAGGAGUAUCUAUUGACGGACGGCGACUUAGAAAAUAGAGAUUACAGUCUACGCUUCGUUACAAUGGCCAAUCCCGGGGGUAGCCAUUUUGCGCCGAUGAAGCUGUACUCGCGAUUACAGGUAGAAGAGAUCUCAUUCAAACGAUUCGGUGGUGAGGUAGGGCUCGAUCUAGAGAUUGAAAAACGUCAAGAAACAAAGAUUAUAGGCCAGAAGCAGAAGUAUCAGAAAAAAGUGCAAGAUCUGAAGCGCACAACUCUGGCCAAGAUACACACAGUGGAGCGUCAUGUGCACGAGUGGGGGCCGCCAAAGCAUGAUGCAGCGACAGACAUGUCGGAGAAGAAGUGUAUAGAAUGCGGGGUGUCUGUACAAUAUUGCAGCAUGUGAUGACGAAAUUGUUUUGCCUGGCAUGGGCAGAUGAAUAAACG